GACUGCUUAUCAGUUUAUUGACAACAAAAACUGAUUGAGUCAAGUCAACCAAGGGAGUUUCAAGAAAGACACGCCUGUUGCUGAGUGAGCCAGCCUUUACCCUUCUGCCCAAACAGGUUUGACGAGGACACACCUGUAGGAAGUAAGACGUUACAACAGGAAGCUUUGUUUCUCUACUCCAUUUUUGACCUCUGUGGACGACGGUUCGAAAGCAUACUAAAGGAGGCAUUUUCGGAACUUUUUUUCACUUAUUUCUACAAUGAAGAUGUGGAUUGCUCUCGUGCUUGCCGCGCUUGCGGUCGGAGCGUCAGCACAAAGCUGUUCAUGUAGCACUAUGAAGUGGGCCACCUGUGAUGGAACUCCUUGCCAGUGUUACAUCCUGGUUGGUGAUCAGAUGAAACAAAAGCUCGACUGCAAUGCAUUGAUCCCCAAGUGCUUCUUGAUGAAAGCUGAGAUGUACAGAGCCAAAAAAGGCCUGGACACCCGUACUGGCAUCGGAGGAAAACCCGUGGAGACUGCUUUCUUGGACAAUGACGGCAUCUAUGACCCAGAGUGUGAGAAUGAUGGCAAAUUCAAGGCCAAGCAGUGCAACAACACAGAGGAGUGUUGGUGCGUCAACAGCGCCGGUGUUCGUCGAACAGAUAAAGGAGACAAGAACCUCAAGUGUGAGAAGCUGGUGGAGACCUACUGGGUCCGUCUUCAGCUGAAGCACAAACCAGUGACUGGUCCUGUGGACCCAGAACAACUGAAAAUGGCUAUUGCUGAUGCUAUCAACAAGCGUUAUGACAAUUUUAACAAGGAAUUUGUGAAAGAGAUUAAGUACGAUCCUGAUUCCCGCACGAUUGUGGUGGAUGUGAAGAAGCCCAAGGGAGAGCGCAAGACCGAUUUGAGUAAAAUGGCUUACUACAUGGAGAAAGAUGUCAAAGUGCUUCCUCUAUUCAAGGAUCAAGAGAAGUUUGAGCCCAGAGUGGGAGGUCGGAAUAUGGAGAUGGAGAACAUCUUGGUGUACUACGUAGAUGAGGAGGCCCCAACAUUCACCAUGAAGAAUCUUCCUGGUGGGAUCAUCGCAGUCAUUGUGGUGGUUGUCCUCACUGUGGUGGCAGGCUUGCUACUCCUGUUCUUCCUCAAAAGACGCCAGAGUCAGCAGUACAACAAAGCUCAGCAAAGAGAAAUGGAUCCCAUGUAAAUCCAUCAUCACUGCAGGAGGCCAGAGUCACCGUCAGAUGCGCAUACUUGCAGUGUGCCAUUUUACCGUUCUAUGUGAGAAAGACACAUUUUUGUAAAGGAACAAAUCUACAUUCUUGUCAUUGGCACUAUUCAUACUGCUUUCUAUUUAUAAAUGUUGUGUACAUUUUGAAGCACUCCCCCGCUACUAUACAUGCAUUAAAAAUUGUCAUAGGAAAUGGAUGUUUUAGACGCUAAACGGUUUAAAUUCUUUGUUAGAUUGUACAGUUUUUACAAUGUGUGUUGUGUUGGAUUGUUUUUAAUAAAAUGUUUUAAAGGCUGU